UUUGGUGAUGGAGUGAAGUCAGUGUCAGUGAUGGAGGGAGAUUCUGUUACUCUACACACUAAUAUUACUGAACUACGAAGUAAAGAUGUGAUAGUUUGGAGGUUUGGAUCACAAGGGUCUCUCAUAGCUCGAAUCAAUAGAGAGGCCAAUACAGUCUUAAUAAAUGCUGAUGUUCUUGAUGGGAGAUUCAGAGACAGACUGCAAAUGAAUGAUCAGACUGGAGAUCUCACCAUAACAAACAUCACAACCAAUCACACUGGAGAUUAUCAACUGACCUUUAGCAGCAAUCAGAAGACCUCAUACAGAUUCAAUGUUACUGUCUAUGCUCGUCUGCCCAUUCCUGUCAUCAGCAGAAUCUCUCCACAAAACUCCUCUUCUUCAGAAAGCUCAAAUUGUUCCUUAUUGUGUUCAGUUUUGAAUGUGAGAGAUGUGAGUCGUCUGUCCUGGUACAAAGGAAACAGUUUAUUGUCCAGCAUCAGUGUGUCUGAUCUCAACAACAGCAUCUCUCUUCAUCUGAAGUGUCUGGAUGAUUCUUACAGCUGUGUAGUGAACAAUCCCAUCAGUAAUCAGACUCAACAUCUCAACACUGAUCUCUGUCAGACGUGUUCAGACUGUUUUUGCUGUUGUUAUGGUCCUGUAGCUGUGAUCCGAUUGGUUCUCUCUGUUCUGGUGGGUGUGGCUGCCAUUGCUGUUGUGGUUUAUGACAUCAGAACCAGAGGAGAUCAACAGAAGAAAAGAUCACAGACAUUAUACAAUCACUAAUGAGCUCUAUCUUCUUACAUAGAUGGUGGUAUCACUGCAAAAGCUUACCUGUUUAUAUCAAUUUUCACUGAACUUAUUUUAUAUUAAGCUAAAUGUUAGAUUGAUUGUUUUAGUUAAACAUUAUUGUUGUAUUAAUGCUUGAGACUAUCAAAGUUCAAUUUCAGAUAGUGUAAAUGGUCCAUUUGUCUUACAAUUAAACUAAAAUAUAUGGCUCUGUAACCCAUUCAUUUUAAUUGAAACAACUGUGAUUGAUGAAUUGUGAAUUUGAUUUGCAACAUACAGUGGCAUGUGAAACUUUAUAUUAUGCUUAUAAUAGUGAAUAAUGAUUUACAGAAUAAUGUGAAUGUGUAAUUUUCAUCUACUGUUUUAACGCAAUAGCACUUAUUUUCGUAACAAUUAUUAUUAUUAUAUGGGAGGUGUUUCAUAGACCAUUAACAUUCAACACUUUAUUUUUGUUACAUUCCUGUGAAGACAGUAUGUGUUUGCAUCAUAGAGCUGCUUUAAUUGCCUGUGAUGUCAUCGUAAAAGAUGCCACUUUUAAAGUUCAACCAUUGCGACAGGGUUGACUAUUUAUUGUUUGUCAAAUAUCUGUAUACAUUUGUUAUAUAGCAAUGUAAUGUGAUAUAAACUACACCUCA